GGACCUCCGUCCCUGGCCUCCCCCUCGUCGCCCCGCCCUCGCCUCGUCUCGCCUCGCUUCGCUUCGCCGCGCCUGCUGCCUCGCAAACUUCCUUCCCUUCUGCGUUGCGAAAUCCGUGUGCACAGCGACCUCUCUGCGUCCCGACCAAGUGUUGCAAAUCAUUACAGGCGUACUGAAGCGUUUGGUGUCGUGGGGGCUGCCAAGGAGCGUCGCAUUGUGGACUGGGAGCACCGAUUUGGACGUGGCUGGCACUUGCCCAGGGUGCCCGGGGGUGGGAGUGGAGCUGCCGUCGCGGUGCCGGCACAGGCUAUGGCGGAGCAGAGUUGAGGUGGAUGUACAGUCUUCAUCCAAGGAUGCAGAUCUUUGUGUAUCCAAUGAGGAAAUGAUGUAUGGAGAAGAGAUUAUGCCUAAUGACGGUGCCUUCACGUUAGCCUGAGUUCUGGACACUACAUGGUACUUCACAUAAGGUGCUGAAGAUUGGCUUCAGGGCUUUCUUUAGGUACUUUAGGAGGGCCCCUAGGUAUUGAAAGCGCGUCUCGAAAUUGAAUGCGCACUGAGGAAGUAGAUGUGGGAGGGAUGUCAAACGCAGAUCACCUUGUUCACGCCCAAUCUCUCCAAUUACAUCACAAUAUUCACCAGCACAGUUUGAAUCAUGCAUUAGGCCAUGCCCAGCAUGGCAUGCAUGAGAUGCACGUGCAUGGCCACGGUCAUGGCGAAGCAGACGGACAGGGUAGGGUGGACCAACGAGUCCAAGGGCAUUUAGAAGGGGAUCACGUUCACGGUCAUCACGGGCAUGGAAUGCAUCGUGGUGAGGAGAAUGCAGCCGGAGUGGAGGAGCAUGAUGAUGAUGCUGGAGAUGAGGAAGGUCUAGAUGAAGCUGACAUGCAUUCUGAUGGUGGUGGUGGAAAUCCGGGCGAUCCUCCUGUUGCCCUAGCUGCACGAACCCAAGGCUCCACACAACUCACCUUAUCUUAUCAAGGCGAGGUCUACGUGUUUGAUACCGUGCCACCAGAGAAGGUCCAGGCUGUGUUGCUUUUAUUGGGUGGCCGCGAGAUACCUCCAGGCAUGUCGGGUGGGAAUGUGUCUAGCCAUCAUCAUCACAAGGGAAUGCCAGAGUUGCCUACAAGAAUGAACAUGCCCCAGCGGCUGGCAUCAUUGACAAGAUUUCGGGAGAAGCGCAAAGAGCGGUGCUAUGAUAAGAAGAUUCGUUAUACUGUUCGCAAAGAAGUUGCCCAAAGGAUGCAUCGUAAGAAAGGCCAGUUUGCGUCUUCACGACCAACUCAGGAAGAGGGCGCACCUGCUGCUAAUUGGGAUGGUACCCAAGCCUCCGGACAACUUUUAGGGCCAGGAGGAGUUCAGCCAGAAGUGAUGUGCGUGCAUUGUGGAAUUGGAGAACGAUCCACUCCAAUGAUGCGGCGAGGACCUGCGGGACCUCGGACGUUAUGCAAUGCCUGUGGUCUUAUGUGGGCUAACAAGGGUGUAUUAAGGGACUUGUCCAAGAACCUACCACUCGCUGCCGGGGGGCAGCAGCAGCUCAUGUUGCAUCCACCGCAAGGUACAGAUCAUUCUGGAGCAACAGCAGCACCAGAUAGCGGGCUUGCAGCAUAGUGUAGAAAAUGUUUCUCGAGUGGUGGAUGUACAGAUGGGAAGCCUACAAAGGGGAGUGGACGAUCAGAAGAACAUGGCAAGCAUGGUAGCAGUUGGUGGAGGUCCUGUUGUUGCAGCUGGAUAGCUCCCUCAUGCUUGCCGUGCACUUCGAGCAUCAUCCUCAUCCAUUGAUUGUAUUUUUUACUUUUUUACCUUUUUACCUUUUUACUCCUUUAUUUUGCUUUGUUGAUGCCCAUUGAAGUCUUGUGGGUGCUUGCCUGCGUGGGAAGUAUGGCAGUGCACUAGCCGCUUGUUUCUCAACGUACAGAAGAUUUGUGAGGGCUGACUUCUUUCUACCUCUCCCAUAUGUGGGAAAUGCUUUCAAAGACAUACUGCUCCUAGUUCUAUCGCAAAUUUCGGAAUUUAGGAGCAAUAUCUAUAUAUAUAUAUAUAUAUAUAUAUAUACACACACACAUACAUAUAUGUAUAUGGGGAUAAGGUUGAUGAUAGCUGGGACUCUUGAGGAUUUGCAUUGCCGUCUAUGAACUUCUCUUUCUCGGGCGCGUAUCUAAUUUUUGGUCGAAAGUAGGGGAUUUAAGCUCUCCUUGGACGCAUAGUGUUUUGGAACUCCCUUAUGUAUUUGGGCUUGUGCACUGGCCAUGUUGCGGGAGUUCUUUCUCUUGAUACCUAUCAUUUUAUCACUGUUGAGGUUUGUUUAAAUCAAAAAGUAUUCCACACUGUGCAGACAUCUUUGGUGAA